AUGAAUUCCAAUUACGGAAAACCAAAUCCCCAAAAAUCAUCUUCCGUUUCUCUCAACAACUACAACUUCGAUCUCGAUCUCGGAAUCGGAUCCAACCGAUCCAAAUCCCUAAAAGAUCAGAAAAACCCCAAUCCUUCCUAUUCCAAUUCAUACUCAACUCCUUCGUAUUCAUCGGCGCAACCUAAAAAAACGGCAUGGACCCACCAACCCACCCAAACUCCGGCCGGGUUACCCGGCGCACCACCGUCAAUGGUCGGAGAUAUCUUCGGGAAGAGCUGGGGAUCUACUCAACCUUCCGGUCCUAGCAUUGGAAUUGUUAAUAAAAACCCUAAUCUGUUUGGAGAUUUGGUAACCUCUGCUUUGGGUCAAGGUUCUUCUUCUUCGAAUGUUCCUCUGAAAAAUGUAACUCCGGCAUCUAAUAAAUCGUCUUUUUCAAUGUCGAAUAUGGCGAAUUCUUUGCCGAAAAAUUCGAAUACGCCUCAAAGUGGUUCUACUUGGGGUUCAUCAUCUUCUGGGAGCUUUAAUUUGAAUGCUAAUCAGAAACCUAAUCUAGGAGGUCCUUCGAUCCGAAGUGGCGUUGGUGUUGCUGCAUCUGGUAGUGGAAUUGGGAUCAGUAACAAAGAUCCUUUUAGUUCAUUGGGUGGUUUUGGAUCUAAGCCAUCUUCUAGUCUUAAUUCAGCUGCUAAACCUCAAAAGGUUGAAUCAGAAGAUGAUGGGUUUGGUGAUUUUCAGAAUGCUUCAAAAUCGAGCUCGAAUGCGUUUCCAUCGAGUGGUGGUAGUGUUGGAAUUGAUGUUGAUUUUACUGGAUCUUCGGCUUUUUCGAAUAGGACGCCUCCUGUUCAAGCUUCUUCAGGUGGUGGUGGUGGUGGUGAUCCGAUGGAUAUGUUUUUUGCAUCUUCAACUGCUUCUUCUGGAGGCGGUGGUGGUGGUUCUGGUGCUGCGGCGUCUUCGGAGAUUGAUGAUUGGGGUACUGAGUUUGGAGGUGGAAACCAUGAUGUGGGUGGAACAACUACUGAACUUGACGGACUUCCACCUCCUCCUGCUGGGAUAUCGGGUUCUACUGCGAAAGGCAAAGGGAUGGAUAAUUACAAACAGGGACAAUUUGCUGAUGCUAUUAAAUGGCUUUCAUGGGCUCUCAUCCUUUUGGAGAAAGCUGGAGAUGGUGCUGGCACUGUGGAGGUUUUGUCAUGCAGAGCUUCUUGUUACAAAGAAGUUGGAGAGUAUAAAAAAGCAGUGGCGGAUUGUACACAGGUUAUUGGAAACAACGGAAAAAAUGUAGCUGUCCUCGUUCAGCGUGCUCUCUUGUAUGAAAGUAUGGAAAAGUACAAACUUGGUGCUGAAGACCUGAGAACCGUGCUGAAGAUUGAUCCUACUAAUAGGGUUGCUAGAAGUACUGUUCACCGGUUGGCUAAGAUGGCUGAAUAG